CAGUAGUUAAUUAUGUCGUUCACCGCAGAUGGACUUUAUAAGAAAAAUAAACAAAAAUGUGCAGGAAUCGUUCUCGAUACUCAACGAAGGAAUCCAAAUCACAAACUCGAUCCUGGAAUUAAAUAAAAUACACCUGCCACAAUUAUUUCAAUUAUGUCCAUUUAAAUAUAAAAAUGAUGAAGAAAGGGGAUUAUGUUGUUUGUUUGAGGAAGUUAAGGCUGGAAUCAUUGGGGGUGUAGAAGUAGUUAAAACAAACGGGUUGGAAUCCAAAGAAUUAGGAGAACAGAGUAAUAAAAGUAAAUUUUUAAAUAGAUUAAGGCAAGGAUACCAGGAAAAGAAUGAUCUGAAUAGAACCCAGGUAUCUGACCCAGGGAAGAGUUUAGAGGCGGAAUGUGCUCUAGGAGAAAAUUGUCUACUAAAGAAAUUUUCAAUAAAUUUAUACUUGGAAAGCAUUGAGUUUGUGUCCUUCUUUCUUAAUACGCUGAGUAAUGUACUUAAAGAUUCUAGUAAAGCGUCAAGAAAGUUGGUGGAAAGCCAAACAUUUUCAGUGUUAUUUGAGAUAUCUAAAUUGGUAGAAGUAGUGGUAUUUUUGAGAUCAGAUAAUGAAAAACUGAGAAAAAUCACACAAGAUGUAAACUCUAUACAUGGUUCACUGGUGAAUUUGGUGGCAUUUUCCCUAAAUUUGCUAAAUGAAGUCUUGCAAUACCCUCUGCACAUCUUCUUUAAUAACCUUAGUAAAGAGUAUGAUGAUUGUAGAAUUGAAAGGAGAAAGUAUGAUAUUCUCUUGAAGGAGAGAUAUCCAUUAGAAAAUAUAGACGAAUAUGGCUUGGUAGGCUCAUUCUGGUUCAUAAAUAUCAAUGAAGAGGAGAGGGUUGAUUUGGACCAGUAUUUGUUAUAUCUAGACUCUAUUUUGGAUUCUUCAAACAACUCAAGACUAAUAAUAGACUAUAUAAGUUUAAUAAGUGAACAAGAAGAUGAUUCCUAUAAAAAUAUUUUAUAUGGGUUCUUAUUAAUUUUUCAGAAACUGUUUGGAUAUAAUGACCUUAAUUGGCACUUAUCUGAGAAUGAUCAAAAUAUAUUAUAUUUUUGGAACAGAUACUACGACCCCUGUAACUAUUAUUUGUAUUAUAAUGAUUGUUGUUACGACUGCACAAAGCCAAAGAUGAAUCCUGACCUUUCAGUUGAGGGUGACUACUGUUCAUGCUUUCUAAGUAACGAAAGGUGUAAUUUUAGAGUUAAGAUUGUACUGGAAGAAGAUUUGAAAACUAACAAGGAAAUUUUAAGGAUUUUACCCAAAGUUCUUGAUCAAUUUAAUGAAGUUUACAUUAGGACUAGGGUUUUAGGGUUGAUGCUACAGAUAGUGUCACAAAUUGACUCUUUCAUGGAUUUGUUACACAAACGUGGAAUUUUCGAUUCAAUUUUUGAUACACUAUCAGAGUGUAGUCAGGACCAGUUUUAUCUUUUAAAUAAUACUUUGAAUACUGUUUCAUACAAAGUUCAAAAUCCACUUAGUUUCCUAUCAUUAAUCAGAGAAGAAGAUUUAAAGAUACUCAUGACAUUCCCACCAUGUACCAUAGAAUCUAUUUUGUUAAUACAUAAAUAUGUAGUUGCCUCAAAGUGGCAAACCUCAGUAAAAUAUAGAAAAAUUCUAUUAGAUUACGCUAAACCAUUAACACUAUUGUACACAUAUUACAAGUGUACAUACCAGUCUUCAAAUAAGAUGGAACUUUCAGGACUAUUUUUACAGAUUUUUAGCGUGGUUCUUGAAAGUGUUUUAGUAUCUCAAGUGGCUCUAAGGAAUUUUACCCAUGUAGAUGGCCCUUUUUGUUUACAGUUAAUAUCGAAAUUGAGUGUUCUUGACUGCUAUAGUGAUUUUGGUGACUUUAGAGAUAACUUCGAUUUGGAGUUGUUUAACAUGUUGGUGUGUAGUUUUGUGAUUCUGCUGAACUUGUCAAAGUCGGGAACAUUUGUAGAAUAUCAAAUUUUUAAUUCCAUUUCUAAUUAUUUGUCAGUUUCACUUUGUUUAAUGGACUACUUUGGAAAUGUAAGUGCUAAUAGUGUGGUUGAGUGGAUAACAUCACAAACAGUGAAUAACUUGCAUGAAGUGUACAAGUAUAUGCUAAAUGUGGCACACACUAAGGAAACAACAACAAAUGAAGAAGUUGUGAAGAUAAAAAUGGAUACUCUGUUGGAUUUUGGAACUUUCCCACUUUUCCAACUGGCAAUAACGCUUUUUGAUCCGUAUAUCAACGCAAGAAUUGGUGAUAAUUUGAUUAAAAAUGUGUUUAAAAUGACAAUGAAAAUGGGACUUUUUGGCUCCUUUUCAGUACUUGGAGAGAGUUUAAACGCAUAUAUUUCAAAUUCAUGUAAUGAGUUUAGCUUAGCACUGAAUCAAGAGUUUGAAGAAGGAAAAAUAAUAUUUUAUAAAAAGUUUUUCCUCAACUACACACUCAUACUGCUGUCAACAGAUCCCCUGAGUGAUGCUCCAGUGGCACAGUUUCUGAGUGAUUAUAAUAUCAAGUUUCUAUUGAGUUUAGCUUCACAAAUUGUUGGAAUCCUGAAGACCCAACAGAGAGUAAACCCACAGCCGAUACUGAUGGAUGCAUUAAAAUUUUCAUUGUAUGCUGUGUUUUCAGUAGAUUACACAACUCUGCUGAAAACUUUUGAGUACACGUUUUUAUUUGAUUUGAUUGAGUUGAAUCUAUCAGGAGGAAGUUUGGAAAUGGUGAAAGGAAUCGCAUCAGUAAUACUGCUUUAUUUGAUCAUGAUGGGAAUAAUACCAGACGAGAAGGUGAAAAACUUGGGUUUAAUGUGUGAACAUAUGAAAAGAUUGUAUCAAUCUGUGGAGUUUAAGGCAUCUGAAGUGGCAUUAAAGGCAGAUAAUAUUAACCCAGUUGAUACCUUGGGACUAGAUUUUGAUCAAGUUGUAAAUUGUUUUCUGAAUAAUUUGUUAAAAACGGCAGUAACGGACUUUUUGGAGCUCUUUUAUUGGAAUUUUAAUAACUAUUACAACUUUUCGCUACCUCCUCAAGUAUUCAAGUUCCUCAUCAUGUUCAAGUUGUAUAUACACCCACACAUCUUCGGACAGCUUUCAAGGUUUAUAGAUAGUCCUGGUAGAACAAUUGGAGAUUCAGUUACUAGCAAGAGUAUUGCAAAUCUAGUAGUGGAUGAAAAGAUGUUGGAUAAGCCACACAUGUUGUUGAAAACGUUGUAUUCUGGGGAGCUGGAGUUUGCGAAACAAAAAAUACACGCAUUGAAGUGUCAACUGCAUGUUAUAUUAAACUCAUUGAAUCUUGCACGCAUGGAAAACGAGAGGUUGAGGAAUAAUGUUGAAUUACUAAAGAAGCAGUUGGAAGGGCCAGGAAGUGAAGAGAAUUUUAAUUUGGAAGUGGAAGUGGAAAUUGAAAGGCAGAGAUACUCCCACCUCGAGGAAAUGUACAAUAAACUGUUGACACAGUUAAACGAGCUUACAUUCAGCAAAGACAACAUAAAAUAAUUUUUUAGCGAUACUAUUAUACUUCAUCUUUAACCUGUUCCCCCUCGGGUUUUUUGUCAGUUUCAGCAUUUUCAUCGGUUUUUUCUUUCUUUUGGGUGGUUUUAGAUUCACCUUCCUCCUCUUCACGGUCUUCCUCAUAUUCA